AUGAGUCAAGAGGAUUACAUCAAGAAGCAACAGUUGCGAGAGCGCCCUUUGCUGAGAAUCAUACAUGUAAAAGAAAAAUCAACAAUGGUGGUGGGUCAGCUCAGCUCAAUGUGUUUGAAUUUAGUUCAAGUUGGUAAAGUAGUUGAGUGAUGUAGCCACGUGGGGGCUCAGAAACAGCUUUAGUUUCGCACGUGGGAAAUGGGCCGAUUGAUUUUGAUUGUUGUAAAAAAUUAG